GUGCUACUAUGUGGUCUCUGGUAUAUGAGCUCAGCCUUAUCGUCCAACACCGGGAAAGCAAUCCUCAACCAAUUCCGCUAUCCGGUCACCCUCACACUAGUCCAGUUCUUCUUUGUCGCUUCGUACUGUAUUCUCUUUAUGUCCCCCAUUGUGCGCUUCUCUCGGUUCCGACGGCCUUCCAAAGAAAUCCUCAAGAGCACUUUCUACAUGGGCCUCUUCCAAGUUGGGGGACACAUGGCUUCUAGCAUGGCUAUUUCCCGCAUUCCCGUCAGCACAACGCACACAAUAAAGGCGUUAUCACCUCUCUUCACCGUCGCAGCGUACGCCAUGCUCUUUGGUGUGCGUUACUCGGCACAAACCUAUAUCUCGCUUCUUCCUCUCACGCUCGGCGUCAUGCUUGCAUGCACGUUCGAUGUGUCGGCAUCGAAUCCGGUUGGCUUGCUCUGUGCCUUUGGUUCCGCGAUCAUCUUCGUGAGCUCGAACAUCUUCUUCAAGAAAAUCAUGCCCAGCGGCUCGUCCACGUCGUCGCACAAACUGGACAAGCUCAACUUGUUGCUGUACUCGUCGAGUAUGGCGUUUGCGCUCAUGAUCCCGAUCUGGCUGUUUACCGACCUGCCUGCGCUGAUGCGCGCCGUUGACGAGCCGAUGCAUGUACCGCAUCCCAAGACAGGUCACGAAGCGCCCCAUUCGCUCGUCUACUACUUUUUCAUGAACGGCACAGUCCACUACGCACAGAACAUCAUCGCGUUCGUGAUUCUCAGCUCGGUCUCCCCGGUGACGUACUCGAUUGCAAGUCUGAUCAAACGUGUCGCGGUCAUAUGCAUUGCAAUCGUGUGGUUCUCACAAUCUGUACAUCCUGUGCAGGGCUUUGGGAUUGGGAUGACGUUUAUGGGACUAUGGAUGUACAACCGGGCAAAGGGCGAUGUAGAGCGGGGAGAAAAUAAAGUUCGACGAGAGGAGGCCAAGAGAGAGAUGAUGAUUCCG